CUUAUCAGCCAGUGUCCCCAGAGGAGCCCGAGCAGAUCAGAGGCUCGCGGACCCCAGCGCCCCAAGGUCAACGCGGAGACUGGGCCAGUGCCCUCGCAACAUGGCAGAGGAGGGCAGCGACACGUUCCCGGCGGGGUCGCCACCCGCGCCCAGCCCCGCGGCACCCCCAGUUCGACGCCGCUCUUCUGUCAACUACCGCGCUUAUGCCACCGAGCCCCAUGCCAAGAAGAAGUCCAAGAUCUCGGCUUCUCGCAAGCUGCAGCUGAAGACCCUGAUGCUGCAGAUUGCCAAGCAGGAGCUGGAGCGCGAGGGGGAUGACCGGCGUGGGGAGAAGGGCCGCGUGCUCGGGGACCGCUGCGUUCCCGUGGAGCUGGCCGGGCUCGGGGUUGCCGAGCUGCAGGAGCUGUGUCGGGAGCUCCAUGCCAGAGUGGACAAAGUGGACGAAGAGCGCUACGAUCUGGAGGCCAAAGUGACGAAGAACGUCACUGAGAUUGCUGAUCUGACCCAGAAAAUCUUUGACCUUCGGGGCAAGUUUAAGCGGCCAGCCCUGCGCAGGGUCCGGAUCUCAGCAGAUGCCAUGAUGCAGGCCCUGCUGGGGGCCCGGGCCAAGGAGUCCUUGGACCUCAGGGCUCACCUGAAGCAGGUGAAGAAGGACGACACUGAGAAGGAAAACCGAGAGGUGGGAGACUGGAGAAAGAACAUCGAUGCCCUGAGCGGGAUGGAAGGGCGCAAGAAGAAGUUCGAGGGCUGACGGCAGCCCAGCAGCCGGCCCAUGGGGCCCCAAUAAAGUUCUCUCUGAGACAGGG